AUGAGGUUAGUGAAGAAGGAUAUGGAUGAUGUUGGCUUGCAAAAAAGCCAAAUGGACAAAAUUGUUCUUGCUAGUGGUAGUGCAAGGAUUCCCAAGGUUCAACAACUCUUGAAUGAUUACUUUAAUGGGGAGCGCAUAUAUGUUUCUUCUUUCAUCUUGCUGCUUUUAUUUUCUGCUUCUGCUGCUACUGGAGGAAGAAGAAAGUCGUCGCCUCUAGAAAAGAAGCUGUUGCUGUCUUGUUCAACCGUUAUCGGUGUCGCGUUUAUCGCGACCGCUAAGAAUCAAAGCCUCUGUCGUGCCGCUGCUGAGAAGACGAAGCAGCAAAUCCCCGAGCGAGAAUCUAAAUAUGUAGUUGUCACUGAAGCUUUUAAGGAAGCAAUUUGGCUUAGGGCUGUUUUGUUUGAAAUUGGUUUUCUUGACAAAAAUGUGGUUGUGUUUUCUGAUAGUCAAUUUGUUAUUCAAUUGUGUAAAAAUCCUAUUUUUCAUGAUAGAACUAAGCACAUUGAUGUUAGGUUUCAUUACAUUCGGGAUAUUAUUGAAAAGGGUAUUGUUAAGUUAGAGAAAAUUCCUUCGGAAUUUAAUCCUGCUGAUAUGAAUAAUAACCAAUCGGUAGAGAAUGAAGAUUAUGAUGAGAAGCUUAAAGAAGUGGAGGCGGUUUAUCAAAGAUCUAGCGGUGCUCUUGGAGUAGUCAGAGCUGGACCGGAGGAGGUUCUUGAUGAUAAUUCCCGCGAUGAACUUUAA